AUGUCGCAAAACGGCCACCAGAUCGCGCCAGGCCACCUCGGCAACCUGACCGACGAGCAGGAGGCGAAGCUGCGGCAGCUCUGGUCUUUUGGCUUCCAGGUCCUCGAACUGUACGAGACCGAGUCGCGCAUCUACGAGGAGAAGAAAGCCCGUGGCGAAGCCGUCGACCCGCCCAAGCCCGCCGCCGCCGCCUCCUCUGGUGGCGGCUGGGGCUUAUUCGGCAAGAAAAAGGGACCGACGGAGCUCACGCACCCCAAGUUCCCCAACUCGGUCAAGGAGCUGCAGAAGCUGGUGCCGGCCGACGAGCCGGACCGCGACGAGCUCGUCAAGCUGGCCAUUGAGGCGCUCGACGUCUACACGCCCGAGACGGCGCGCUCCAUCCUCAUCGAGGCCGUCAAGCACGAGCACCCGGACACGCUGGCGCUGCGGUUUCUGCGCGCGCGCAAGUGGAACGUGCUGCGCGCCGUCCUCAUGCUCGCCAAGUCGGUGCGCUGGCGCGUCGAGGACAUGAAGGUCGACCGCGUGCUCAUGCGCCAGGGCGAGGGCCACAUGUUUGAGCAGGAGCUGCACGGCGCCGCGGGGUCCCGCGACAAGACGUUUGGCAAGGACUUUCUCAACCAGAUGCGCUGGGCAAAGGGCUUUUUGCACGGCACGGACCGCGACGGCCGCCCCGUCAACUACAUUCGCGCCGCGCGCCACCGCGCGUCCGACCAGAGCGUCGAGAGCCUGGAAAAGUUUACCGUAUACUGCAUCGAGCUGGCGAGGCUGUCGCUGCAGGCGCCCGUGGAGAUGGGAACCAUUGUGUUUGACCUAACAGGCUUUUCGCUGUCCAACAUGGACUAUGUCCCCGUUAAAUUCCUGGUUCAGUGCUUCGAGGCCAACUAUCCCGAGUCUCUCGGCUGCAUCCUCAUCCACAACGCACCAUGGGGAUUCGGCGGCGUCUACCGCAUCAUUGAGCGCUGGCUUGAUCCCGUCGUCGCCUCCAAAGUGCACUUUACCAACGGCGCCAAAGAAAUCGCCGAGUACAUUGCACCCGAGCAGCUCGUCAGCGACCUCGGCGGCACCAACCCCUGGGAGUACGAGUACGUGCCGCCCGUCGACGGCGAAAACGACCGCAUGGACGACACGGCCACGCGCGACGCCCUGCUGGCCCGCCGCAAGGAGCUCGCCGCCGCGUUCGAGGACCGCACGCGCGAGUGGGCGCGCGUCGCCGCCGCCAGCGGCGCCAAGGCCCCCGAGACGGCCAAGGUCAGCGCCGAGCGCGACGCCAUUGCCGAGCAGCUCGCCGCCAACUUUUGGGAGCUGGACCCGUACCUGCGCGCGCGCUCGCUGUACGAUCGUCUCGGCGUCUUUCAGGGCAACGGCAAGGUCGACUGGUCAGCCGCCAAGAAGACUCAGGAUCAGCUCAAGGCCAAGGCGGGGGAAACCAAGUAG